GCUGUAUCAACAGCGUUUCAAUGCGCCUUGUGUGCGACGGUGAGGUUCAGUGUUUGUUUAAGCGGUUCUUCCUCCUGUGUGUUUCUGCAUGUGUUUCUACCCUGACAGCUAACAGCUCAGGCGGAAUGAUGGACCACAGCAGCAGGACUUUGUACCCGAGCGCCGCAGCGCAACGGGGGGGGGGUUUGGUGAAAGUUGGACAUUUGCUCUGAUUAAUUUAUUUUCUUUUUUUUCCGCAGCGCGAUGGAUUAAACCCAGGGUUCUGGUUCCAGAACACAUCAGAUCGGAAUUUGCAUUGAUGGUUUAUAUGUAAACAUGGUUGACGUGGUGGAUACAGAAGGGGCUGCGGCGCGUCACGUCACGUUAUGGCGUUUAUUACUGAGUCCUUGUGAAGUGGGAAUGAACCCAAACCCGUGGAUGUGCUGAUCCUGAGCAGGUCGUGCUGUGGUUCCAGACUGCGUUGAUUUAUCAUCAUCAUCAUCAUCAUCAUCAUUUGUUGAAGCCACUGUAAACAUUCACUUUUCUCAACACUGCGAUUAUGUGGAGUCUUCUGCUUAAAUCGGUGAAGCACGCGGCGGGGAAAGGACACGUCCAGCUGAACCGGUGGAUGCAGCGGCCGCCGGAUUCGGUGGACUGCGAGAAAAUGGACCUGCUGAUCUGCAGCGCGUUUGAAGAGCGAGGCGCUGCGUGCAGGGUGGAUAUGGAGGCUUUGGGCACCGGAGAGCCUUCAGACUUGAGGAGUCCGUGCUGCAUUGCGACCUGUUGCUUCAAGAGCGCGCUGGUGGCGUGCGUCCUGACCGCCGCGUGCUUCUUCUCGGUCACGCUUGUGCGCCGGUACCUUAAAGACGCACUGCUCUGGGUGGAGAGCUUGGAUGGCCUCAUGGGCGCAAUGCUGUUUAUCGUGUGUCUCAUUACAGUGUCGUUCCCCUGCGGAUGGGGUUACAUGGUCCUCAACGUGGCAGCAGGUUACCUGUACGGCUUCGUGCCCGGAGUGGGCCUGGUGAUGGUGGGAGUGCUGAUCGGUACCUCGGUUGCGCAUGUGGCGUGCAGGCGGCUGCUGUCCGGCUGGGUGCUGAACCGCGUCGGGAACAACGAGCAGCUCAGUGCUGUCAUCCGUGUAGUCGAAGGAGGCAGCGGACUCAAAGUGGUGGCUCUGGCCAGACUGACCCCCAUCCCAUUCGGCCUCCAGAAUGCUGUGUUUUCGAUCACAAACGUGUCCUUGCCAGACUACCUAGUGGCUUCAUCGGUGGGUCUUCUGCCUACCCAGCUCCUCAACUCCUACCUGGGCACCACGCUGCGCACCAUAGAGGACGUCAUAGCCGAGCAGAGCAUCAGCGGAUACUUUGUGUUCAGUCUGCAAAUCUUUAUCAGCAUAGGGCUGAUGUUUUACGUCGUGCACCGAGCGCAGUUGGAGCUGAAUGCCGCUAUCGCAGCCUGCCAAAUGGAGAUGAAAACAUCACAUAUGAACGGCAGCAUGUCGAACCACGGCAGCUCCACGUACUGCAGCAAGCGGACCGCGGCGUGCGGAGGGAUUAACAUCGUCUGACGCUUCACAGUGACAUUUAUCCUGGUUCGACGUAUAAUACCACAGCCUUUUUUUGUGGCGUGGUCCUGACAGAAAACGAUCAGGCUAAAGAUGAUGAAGACGGCAUCCGAGGCCAGAGAAACGUCCGUUCAGGUUCAGUGCUGGUGUGUGAUCCGGGAAGACGUUGGAAAUUCUCUCCGAAGUGCGAAAGGAAGCCAGUAUUUUGUACUGCAGGACAAAGUUUAAAUAGAGUCUAAUAGUUUCUUUUGGGACUUUUUUGUUUUGAAAUGAUUAUUUUUUUAUAGAGUACGGAUUUAAAUUAGAAUUUUUAUAUAUCUAGAGCAGGUGUCGAGCAUGUGUUUUAGAGCGAACACUACAGUAUUGUGCAGUAAAGAGACAGCUGCUGGUGUAAAUGCUAUAUAUUGUCAUAUGCUUUUAGAAAUAUGUUAUACAUUUGCUUUUGGUGCUUUUCAGAAUCAUGAUGUUUAUUAUUAUUGUUAUUAUUAUUAUUACCGAAGACAUACCACCUGGCUAGGAAACAGUUGCUUUACGCCAAACCCGGGAUCACAUUCGCGCUUCUUCACUUCUGCUAGCAACAGAUGGAAAGGAAGGCAAAUUUCCCAGCAGGGUAUUUAACGGUAUCUUGCCAAGAUCCAUCAAGUGCAGAAUGAUGAAACCGAGCAGCGGGAUUUUAUCUGUGUUCAGUCUCUCGUAAUGCCACUUGGACAGGCUGACAGACGACAUCCUGCCCUGCUCCUAACCUCAGAGUCUCGAAGAUUGGUGUCCCCUCCAAAUAUGACUGUCAUGUUAUCUGGCUCCUCCUUUACAUUCUGCAGCACGACCUUCAGCUGUUUCAUCCUCUCUGCAGCCUGAUCUUUAC